GUACAGAUCGAUCCUACAGUGCCGAGUUCAAGAAUAGGCCAGGAGUUGGCACCACACAGAGAAUAGCCUUAUUGCAGCCUUCUUUUUGGAGCCGUUUCCCUUGCCUUCAAAGCUAAGAAGACAUCAAAAAUAAAGGCACUAACCAACAAACGCACACUCCACAGCCAUCAUCGCGCUCGCACCCGCGAAAACGCCCCACUAAAACCCCACUUACGCGCACAAACAAAGCCGAAUUAACACUCACGCUAAAACGUUAGCGCGCCCCGUGGUGGCAACACACACAGUCACACGUACGCUAGCUCGAUCGUUAGCUGCAGCUUCGCACCACCACUCGUCGACUCGUCGUACGUGCUACGGCGCAGGUCGCUACAAUGCGGCAGCAACGCUGCGCCACGCUUCUGGCUUCGCUGCUGCAGCUCGUUGCCGUCGCUGUCCUUCCUGCAGCAGCAGCAGCGGCGGCAGCGGCGGCGGCGGGUGGUGCGGCGGGGAGGUGCACGACGUCGACGCCGUUGAAGACGUACGCCAAGUGCAUCGCGCUGCCGACGCAGGGCGCGACGCUGGCGUGGACGUACGACGCGCGCAACGCGACGCUGGACGCGGCGUUCACGGGCUCCUUCAUCUCGCCGUCGGGAUGGGUGGCCUGGGGCGUCAACAAGGACGCGCCGGCGAUGACCGGCGCGCGCGUGCUCGCCGCGUUCUCCGACCCCUCCACGGGCGCGCUCCUCGCGCUCCCGUUCCUCCUCUCCCCCGACGUCAAGCUCCAGGCGUCGCCGCUCGUGUCCCGCCCGCUGGACAUCCCGCUGCUCGCCUCCUCGGCCUCCCUCGUCGACCCCGCCCGCACCGUCCGCGACGGCGCGACGGUGACCAUCGCCGCCACCAUCCGCCUCUCCCCGAACCGCACCAAGCUCCACUUCGUGUGGAACCGCGGGCUCUACGUGCAGGGCUACUCGCCGACCAUCCACCCCACCGACGCCUCCGACCUCGCGUCGCACGCCACCGUCGACAUCCUGACGACGGCCACGGAGGCGUCGCCGACGGCGUCCGCCACGCUGCAGUGGACGCACGGGUCACUGAACGCCCUGUCGUGGGGCUUCCUCCUCCCCGUCGGCGCGGCGGUGGCGCGGUACCUGCGGCCGUGCGCGUCGACCGGGCCGGCGUGGUUCUACGCGCACGCGGCGAUACAGGCGACGGGGUACGCCCUGGGCGCGGCCGGGUUCGCGCUGGGGCUGGUGAUGGGGUCGGCGUCGCCGGGGGUGACGUACAAGCUGCACCGCGGGCUGGGCAUCGCGGCGGCGACGGCGGGGAGCCUGCAGACGCUGGCGAUGCUGUUCCGGCCGAAGACGACGAACCGGUACCGCAAGUACUGGAAGUCGUACCACCACCUGGUUGGGUACGGGUGCGUGGUGGUCGGGGUGGUGAACGUGUUCCAGGGGUUCGAGGUGAUGGGGCUCGGCGCGUCCUACUGGAAGCUGGGCUACUGCAUGGCGCUGGCCACGCUGGCCGGCGGCUGCGUGGCGCUGGAGGUGAACGCCUGGGUCGUCUUCUGCAGGAGGCAGCAGGAGGAGAAGCUCAUGAGGAGGGAGGUCGAGGACGUCGUCGUCAAGGACAGGGCAGCUGCCUUCUAGCCAAGCCGGGGGCUCUACUCUCGGUGUCGCGGGGCCAUCCAUGCAUACAGUUUGUGGUUGACUGCUGACGUGGCUGGGGUUGACAUCCAUGACAGCAAUCAACGUGAUCAAGAUGCAGCACACGCUGACGCGAGCUAAUCUAAUCGGGCACGUUCGCUGGCAAGCUAAUAGUAGUAAGGCAAAUGGGGUUGAAGACUUGAAGGCGUGAUUAGUUUUUUUGUCUGAUGAUGGUGAGCGUGCACCAGUUCGAUACUAGUGUAUUCCUGUGGUAUUGCCAAAGGAAAUGUUCUUUUUUGUGUCUUCAUUAUUUCUGUAUAAGUACACGCACAUAUAGGAGAUAUUCAUGUACAAGUUGCUUCAAUCUCAAGUUCCAAAGAAGUUGCUUCCAUUGAGUA